GGUGCCAGGCAAGAAUAGUUAAUUUUUUUUUGUUUUGUUUCUGGCUAUCUUUGAAUGCGAAUACAAAAGAUUUAAAAGAACUUUGUUUAAAGAUAAUGUUUCGAUUAGCUAUGCUAGCUGGUUGAAAAUAUCUUUCAUAAUUCUUUCUCAAAGCACGACCACUGUGGUCGCGACAGACACCCCGACAUACCCACCCUGGGAAUGGUCUAUAGAUUGCCACCUGAUUUCCGCGCGCUUCACUUGCGUUCUGUAGCGCGCGUGAACAAAGCAAUGAUGGUGAACAUCUCGUUCCUGAUUCUUUUCUGCUUCAUAGCAGCAGGCUUGCAAGUUGUAAACUGCAAUCCACCUGUGGGUCAGCCAGUAAGUGACAGCAAUGUUCCAGCUCCCAAAUUGCCAACGUUCCCCUCGGCAUUUUCGGCGCUUAUAGAGGUGAACAUUGUGAAUAAAAACUACACUGCCCUCUUCAAAGAAUUCUACGAUUUGGAAGCAAACCGGGGUAGUAUCGAGAGAACAAAAGAUGGAAAGACACAUCGCUCUAUUUACGACUACAACUUAGACGAAAAGACUUCUAUUGACUUGAAUGCUAAAAACUGCACUGUUUAUUCCAUUAGUGGUGGCCGGGGUUUCAACUUUUUUGGAAACAACAACUCGCACAUCGAAAGUGUGGCCCAGCUGUUUAGAUUCGCCAAGCAGUAUAAUGAAUCUUACAGGGGUGUUGUGCCCGUCCGAGGCAUAAGAUGCAAUCACUGGAGAGCUCAGAUUGUUCACAACCACAGUUCUUAUUAUUUGGAUUACUAUUUCUCAGUGCCCGACUGGAAAACAACUUGGCAGAAUUCAACAGUAGUACGUGCUGUUAUCAACGGUACAAGCUCUCCAAGACCCCAGGCCAGUGCACAUGCCUUCUUUCAUGUUUAUGACUUUAUUGACUUUCACCCUGGCUCCCCAGACUCAUCCAAUUUUCAGUUUCCUGCUGGAUAUUACUGCCGAGGACUUAAAGGUGAAAACAAGACAGUUCCUCAAGUUCCUUCAGCUUUCAGCCUGGAAUUUGAAACAGUUACUGUAUCAAGUAGAAACAGUUAUAGAAAUUACACAGUGUCAACCCAGAAGGAAGUUUAUGAUCUUGAGAAGAAGCUUGUUUUGGUGACGCACCCCAACCGGUUUUAUCCUGAUGCUGGUCCAGUGCUUACAAUUCAUGACUUCAACACGGGCAUUAUCUACAAUAUCUCAUCUGGCAAGAUUGGAACAGUGUGCAAGGCAUCUUUUGAAACUCUCAAUAAGGACAGGUGGUUUGCAGAGGACAGUGAACAUCAUCACAUUCGCAUGAAGACAACCCAAGAGCUGUUUAAUGUCCCACAACGAAAUGGUUCUUCUCCACUGGUAUACAAGGGGACAACCUCGGUGCGGGGCAUCAAUGCUGACAUCUGGGUUGGCAAGGCUAUGAUAACGAGCAGGAAAACAAAUAGAUCACAUGAGGUUGUCAUAGAGUUCUACUUUGCAAAACCAAACUGGCGUUUCACGUCAGGACCUCAAAAUGAUGAACACAAGGUUCCUGUUGGAAUUAAUUUUUACUCAGAAUGGGGCCAAUCUGUGAUGAACUUGUUCAACUUUGAUGCUGAGGCUGCUGAAACAACGGCUUUUGAUGUGAAACCUUGUUUCAGUUGGGAAGAGCAGCGCUUUAUUCAGUUUGCUUUGAAUGACAAAUACCAGUAUGACAAGUAUGCAGCUUCAAGGCAGUUCUUAUUGGCUGUCACGAAGACCAUCAGCACAGUCGCUAAUGUGUCAAUAAUCAGAGUAAAUGGCAUUCGGGUGCAGAAUAGCAGGGGAGGAAUGGUAGUGACCUUCAUCUUGCUGAACAAAACAAAGCUUGUGAGGGGUGAUGUGGAGGUUAUAGUGUAUCCUGAGAAAGGACUAAUGGAUGCAUUGAAUGCCCUAAAGAAUUCUGUACAGUCUGGACAAUUCAAAGUGGAAUUCCAACAAGAAAAAAUCUAUGCUACUAAGUCUUCAUUCUAUGUUGGGUUUUGGCCAUCCUCUCCUCCGCACUCUGGGUCUCCACUUACCACUGCCAAACCAUCAAACCAAGGAGGCAGUAAAAUGAAGACAGAGGGUGUCUCUAGUGGUGCAGCAGCAGGAAUUUCCUUCCUCAUGCUUGCAGUUGGAAUCUGUGGAGGCCUGCUUAUUGCACAUGUGAUCAUGAAGCGAAGGGGAACCAGCUUGUUUCAGUAUCAGAGACAGGAGUAGCUUCAUGUAUUUCAUUGCUACUGUACCACGGGGGCUUAUUUCAAGAUAGGGACCUAGAUGCCAUAUAACAUGAAAUUUUACUUUGCCAUAUAACAACUUAAUUUCAUUUUGUGGAACUUAGUUUUCCUGAACUUACUUUAGCCAGUUUGUGAAACAUUUUUUCAAGUAAGCACAUUAAACUAGACUUUUUCUAUGACUUCAAAAACAUUUCCACAUGUUAAAAAAAGAAUAAUGCAAAAAUUUCAGGUUAUGAGGUUGUAAGUAAUCUAUGUAAACCAGCACAAGAGUUAAAGUGUUCAAUCACUCCUGCCCAGAUAGGAAUAAGCCUAAAUUUGCAGGUACUAGACAGGCAUAAUGAUAGCACAUUUGUUAAAAAGAAAUGUUUGAUAAUCCUAGUGUCUUCUUAGACAUUAUUCAUAUGUUAUCAUAAACAAGGGUUUCAUUGAGGUUUUGAUCAGGAGCACAACUGGUUUUAACAGACUGGCAAAACAAAAACUAUUUGAACAGAACAUUGGAACGAAAAUGUUCCUCUAGAUGUUCAAACCAGCUGGCCAAAAUUGUCCUAGCAGCCGGUCAAUUUGCCAAGUGCCGGGACCUUAAUGAAAACCUUGUGAUCAUAAAAUUGAAUGAUUUAUAACUGCACACUCAGUAAAGGGUGCAUAACAAAGUUAUUUGAUGAGCUGUCUCCAUGUAGAAAGUGGGGUCAACCCUUUUGAAGGCUUAUAGUUGCAAGUAUUGACACCAUACAGUAUUUUGAGAAACCUUUCACUAGCGAGGGUGAGUUAGUGUUGGCCUUUUUAUGGAUCUGAUGAUCGUUAAGUGACUAGAAACUGUGUAGUAUUUACUCACUCCAUGCAUCUUACAAGUGUUAGUAGGGUGUUCCAUAAUGGGGCACAUAAAAGUUACUCACCAGAAGCUUUGUUCAGUCAAGAGAUUCAUAGAGACUAGCAUGCUUACAUGCAUUGCUGAUGAUAAGAUAAAAAUUCUCCCAACUCAUUUUUAUAUAUUUGUUACUUCCAGUUGGGAGAAUAUCUUUAAACAUCAGCUUAGACUAUCUCAAUGGUCGAACCAUUUUGUUAAUUCUCCUGACGUUAAUUAGUGUCAUUGUAGUCUGUAUUCACUGUGAUGGCAGGGAAGUAAGAAUACCAGGUAUUACACUAUUUGUGAAUAGUAUUUGAAAAUUCUCUCAAAAUUGCAUGAGCUGUGUGGGUGGGUGCAAUUUGAAAGAAUUUUCAAAUAUCAUGACUAGUAGUGUAAAUCUUUUAAAGCUCUAUUAGUCUUUCAUACAAUUACUCCUGAUUAAGAAAAUUGUGAACACACGCAAUAAUUUGCUCGCAGUGCAAAUUAAAAAUUAAUGAUUAAUUGGCCUGCUGUCAGCCAAUCACAGUGAAGUAGUUUUCACAAUCAUAUGCAUGUGCAUCUAAUUAAAGCUAUGUUGUAAUAAAUAAUAGUAAUAAUACAGGACUUGGUAUUCCAGACCACCGAUUUAAAGAAAGGUUUUCCAAAGCUUAUGUGGCAAUGCUGAAAGGCAAUCUGGGUAAUAGUCAAUUAAUUUUAGUAAACACCCUGAACUUGAAAUGUUUCCAGUUACAUUGAAGAUGUAUGAUGGCAUGCAAU